GUCGCCCCCCGGAGGUGAUCCCUCCCUCCUGCCUGCCCGCCAGCCUGACCUGUGCCUGGCUCGCGGGCCGCAGCCUCGGCCCCGGCGCGUCCCCGGCAGCUCUCGACGCGAUGAGCAUAGAGACGCUACUGGAGGCGGCCCGCUUCCUGGAAUGGCAAGCGCAGCAACAACAGAGAGCACGUGAGGAGCAGGAGCGGCUUCGCUUGGAGCGGGAGCGGGAGCAGGAGCAGAAGAAGGCCAGUAGCCUGGCUAGGCUGGCACAUGCCCUGCCGGUGGAGGAGCCCCGCAUCGAGGCACCACCUCUGCCUCUGUCCCCACCGGCACCCCCACCAGCACCCCCACCAGCACUUGCCACCCCCACCCCACUGACUGUCAUUCCUAUUCCUGUAGUGACCAACUCCCCUCAGCCACUGCCCCCAGCCCCACCACUGCCCCCUGCAGCCCAGCCACUGCCCCUGGCGCCUCGUCAGCCAGCCCUGGUCAGCACCCCUGGACUCAGCAUUAAGGAGCCUGCCCCCCUGCCCACAAGGCCGCCGGUGCCCACCCCUGCUCCCCUUCUGCCAGACUCGAAGACUACCGUUCCACCCACUGGCAGCCCCAAGCCUUUGCAGCCCCUACCCACGCCCAUCCUGACCAUAGCACCACACCCUGGAGUCCAGCCUCACCUGGCCCCCCAGCAACCACCCCCACCCACGCUUGGGACCCUGAAGUUGGCACCAGCUGAAGAAGUCAAAUCCAGCGAACAGAAGAAGAGGCCUGGGGGGAUCGGAACCAGAGAAGUCCACAACAAAUUGGAGAAGAACAGGAGGGCCCAUCUGAAGGAAUGCUUCGAGACCCUGAAGCGCAACAUCCCCAACGUGGACGACAAGAAGACGUCGAAUCUGAGCGUGCUGCGGACGGCGCUGCGGUACAUCCAGUCCCUGAAGAGGAAGGAGAAGGAGUACGAGCAUGAGAUGGAGCGGCUGGCUCGGGAGAAGAUUGCCACGCAGCAGCGGCUAGCGGAGCUGAAGCAUGAGCUGAGCCAGUGGAUGGACAUGCUGGAGAUUGACCGAGUGCUCCGGCAGACAGGCCAGCCCGAGGACGACCAGGCCUCCACCUCGACAGCCUCUGAGGGUGAAGACAACAUAGAUGAGGACAUGGAGGAGGACCGGGCGGACCUGGGUCCACCUAAGCUGAGCCAUCGUCCCCAGCCGGAGCUGCUAAAGUCCACCCUGCCACCCCCCAACACUGUCCCUGCAGCUUUACCUCCCCACUCACACCCCCACCCCCACCCCCACCCAGUGGCCCUGUCUCCUGCCCACCUCCCUGUGCAGCAGCAGCAGCCACCGCAGAAGACCCCUCUGCCGGCCCCUCCUCCCCCACCGGCAGCCCCUGCCCAGACGCUGGUGCCAGCUCCGGCCCAUCUUGUGGCCACGGCUGGGGGCAGCUCCACGGUCAUCGCCCACACAGCCACCACCCAUGCCUCAGUCAUCCAGACUGUGAACCACGUUCUACAGGGGCCGGGUGGCAAGCACAUUGCCCACAUCGCCCCUUCGGCCCCCAGCCCUGCUGUGCAGCUGGCACCUGCCACACCCCCCAUUGGCCACAUCACAGUGCACCCUGCCACCCUCAACCAUGUGGCCCACCUUGGUUCCCAGCUGCCCUUGUACCCGCAGCCUGUGGCGGUAAGCCAGCCUGUGGCGGUUAGCCACAUCGCCCACACCCUCUCUCACCAGCAAGUGAAUGGCACAGCUGGGCUGGGGCCCCCAGCCACUGUCAUGGCAAAGCCAGCCAUGGGGGCUCAGGUGGUGCACCACCCCCAGCUGGUGGGCCAGACAGUACUCAAUCCUGUGACAAUGGUCACCAUGCCCUCCUUCCCGGUCAGCACGCUCAAGCUGGCUUGAGGAUGAAGUCACUCAGAGGCCCCCAGUGGGGGCAGGGAAGGGGACCUGUCCCCCACUCUCCUACCCACCAGCUCCACACAUUCCAGCUAGGCCCAGGCCUGCCCCACCCACACCCACCCCCAGGCCUCCUAGGGGAAGGGGGUGCAGAGACUCUGAGCCAGGGGUGGGAGGGACUGCCCCAGGCAGUUGGGCACAGGGCAGGGGGUUAUCCUGCUGCCUUGGGACUUAGAAUGACUGAUGAGAGACAGUCUGGUGAACAAGCCACCUGUCCAGCCCGGUGCUGGCCCCAAUGCCGUUCCUGCCUCCCCACCCUGUUCCCUGAAAUCAGUGUGAUGUGGACGUCUUGUUUUCUGACUUCUCCCCUGCCCUGCCCAUCUUCCUGUGCUGCUGCUGCUAUUGCUGUUCGGUGAGGUGGCUGAGUGCCCAGGCCUCCUCUCCUGAGCCUCAGUGUUCUCUUCCCAGGCCUUUGGAGGGAAACGAGGGAAGCAGAACUGAAGCCACUUAGCCCAGAAAUCUGGGGACUGGCGGGGGGGGGGUGGUAGGAUGUGAGGGGUCCUGCUCUGAGUACAGGUGACAGAUCCUAGGAAGUAGUUGGUCUGGAGUCCUACCCAGACAGGUGGGUGUCCCACAGCCUGAGGCUCACUGACCCAGUUGUUGUCACUGUGAUUCAUUACAGUAGAAAUCAUUUAUAAUGAGUGAUUCUGUAUCAACAAUAAACCAAACCUAAGCUCUGUCCCCUGUCCCCAACCUCUGCUACUGGACUUCUGACUUCAGGAAGGCAGUCUGAGGGUGAGGGUAGGGAAGAAGGGGCUUGGUGUCUGGCCUCCCAUCCCUAUCCCCAAAAGCCUGGGUCUGGAUGGGAGGAGAGCGACUGGACCUCUAUCUCCAUCCCUGGGCUUGGCUCUUGAUUUCCAAAAAGCAGUGAGGAGGGGCCCUGUCUAUUGGACACUCCCCUGGUUCCCUGAAUUCUGCUCAGUGCUGUGCACUCCCCCAAGGGAUAGGUGGGCCUGGCUGUCUGGGUUUGGAUGCCUCCUGCAGUUUGGGAGACAUGGACCAGAACCUGGCCUUGGUUCCAGGAGCCUAGAAGUCACAUUGUUUGAGGCAUCAGGAAGUUGAAAUCUAGGGGCUUGUAUAAAGCCCUAAAUCCCUCCCCAAACAGGCUAUGGCGACCUGUGGAGAAGGGGGCAGGCAGAGUUGGGGUGUAGUGGCUAUGGUGGGGGGCUGCUGCUGCUGCUCCAGCCUCUACUGUCAUCUCUGGCCUUGGACCACUUCCCUUUCUCCAGUGGGCAAUUUUGAGUCCCUCUCUGGUGAGGGCUGCUGUGCAUCACCACCUUCCUCUGAGAAAUGGUCCUUAGUUGGAUCAAGGACAGGACUGAGCUUGGGGUGGGGAGGAGUAAGGGGGUCCUAUGUUAGGGAAUGCAGCUUUCCCCCUCUGCCUUGGCAGGCUGGCUUCUCUUUUUAUGUGGGUAUUUACUACAAGUGGCCUUGUGUCAAAUACGCUCAGUUACACACACGCGUGCACACUCAGCUCUCCACCUGGACCUACACUAAUGGCCUUUUGGUGUGUGUGGCGGGGGUAGGGAAGUGACUGUCCCUGGGUGUGACCCUUGCCUGAUGGGCUGGGGCAGUGGGCUAGGCAGUUGAGGGGGCCUGGGGAGGAGAGUUCAGGGUCUUCUGAGGAGACCAGCGGAGGUCUUGAAUAGAUUCUCCCUUGAAACGAAGACUCCUUCGAUGCCUAGGAACUUCCUUUCAGUUCCUUCCUGGUCUUGGAGACCUCCCUGGGGACUGUUAUUCUCAUUUUCCUCUCCUGGGGUGGGGAAAGGGAUGGCCUGUGGGAGGGAAUCCUGUGCCCACCCCAGCGCAGCAGUCCCAUCUCACUGGCCUGCCGCCAUUCUACAGCUGCAGCCCCCUUCACCAGAUACCUUGGCUCUCGGGGGAGCCGGCUUUGCUGUUCCCAUUGUGACAGUGAAAAGAGCAGGAACAAUAAGAGCAGCUUUGGCGAACCCACCCUCCCCCCAGCCUGUUCCCCUCUCCUUGCAUCCUGAGGCCAGUGGCCCCUCGGCCUGCACAGAUACCUCAUCAUCCACCCGCCACCCCUCCCCUCCCUGACCCCCAGCAGUGGGGGCCUCCAAAUCUAGUGCCGAAUGACUAUGUCCAGAUUGGUGACGAUGGGUGUUGUUGCUGUUGUUUCUGUUGCUGUUUGUGAAUGCUGUGAUGCUGUGUGCCCAAGUGGGCAGCCACCACCCAGCACUUCCUUGGGCAUCUCCCCUCUGAGAGCUGUCAGGACCACAUCUUUCCUCACCCAGUGGGACUGCCUGCCCCUUCCCUCCCUAACCCUUCCAGCCUGGGACAAACACACACACACACACACACACAUACACAUAUACAUAUCUUACCUCUCAUGCGUGUUUUACCUUUUGAUGUUCAGAGUGGCUCACUGGCUGGGAGUCUUUACCUCGGGGAGGGGGGGAGGUUGGU